CUUCUUUUUAAUUUAUAAACCACACAUGACAAUGCUGAAACCAUUAGCAUUGUUCAUUUUCAUCUUUUGCACUAUCCAAUCAAACAAUGCCUAUAACUUAAUAGAAGAAACUUGCAAAAGAACUUCAAACAACAACCAAUGCCUCCAAUACCUCAAAUCCGAUCCCAAAAGCCCCGCUGCAUCUCUCAACGACUUAGCAGUGAUCAUGUUCAACAAUAUCAUGAAAAACAAAGCAUUGAACACCAUAACCAAAAUCGAUAAACUUCUCGCAAGCAAGGAUAUCCCUAGUCGCCCUCGUGAAUAUAAUUCACUUAAGAUAUGUGAUAAUUUAUACAAAGAAAUUUCAACAUCUAAUGUUCAAAGAGGUGCACAAGGUUCUGUGGUGGGACAAGAUCCUGAAGUUGCGAUAGAGGCUGCAAAUGAUGUUGUGACGAAAGCCAAUCAAUGUGAGGUUAACUUUUAUGGGAGAAAAUCCGACGACCAGCGGACGCCUGUCACUGAUGACAACAAUGAAAUCAUUCUUGUAGCAACCAUUGCAGGAGAUAUUGUUAAAUUGUUCAGAUAAAGUGGCUAGUUUACUCAACAAUUCAUUAUCCUAUUUAAUGUUUAAUAAAUUAAUAAAAAUAAUUUUUGUUUAUGAUAUGA